AUGGUCGUCUACUACCAGAUUGCCGGCAAGAAGGUCGGCUCCCACGUCCUCGCCAUGGCUACCCUCGGUACUAUCUUCGCCGGUACCUGGGCCGCCUCGGGUGGCGGGGAGAAGCCCAAGACUGCGCAGGGCCCCCCGAUCAACGCCUCCUCCAAGGAUGAGGAGAACUUCAUCCAACAAUUCAUGAAGGAGGUUGAUGGCGGCGAGAAAAAGCCCAACAACCACUAG